AUGGAGAGUGAGGAUGAAUUAGAUGUGGUGGCAGGUGCAGUGAUGACUGUUGAGAAGAAGUUGAGUGUAGAGGGAAGCAGUGUGGCGAGGAAGCCCACCACCACGCACCCUCCCCAGCCCACCACGGACCCUCCCCAGCCCACCACCACGCACCCUCCCCAGCCCACCACGCACCCUCCCCAGCCCACCACGCACCCUCCCCAGCCCACCACCACGCACCCUCCCCAGCCCACCACCACGCACCCUCCCCAGCCCACCACGCACCCUCCCCAGCCCACCACACACCCUCCCCAGCCCACCACCACACACCCUCCCCAGCCCACCACCACGCACCCUCCCCAGCCCCCCACGCACCCUCCCCAGCCCACCACGCACCCUCCCCAGCCCACCACCACGCACCCUCCCCAGGCCACCACCACGCACCCUCCCCAGCCCACCACCACGCACCCUCCCCAGCCCACAACGCACCCUUCCCAGCCCACCACGCACCCUCCCCAGCCCACCACGCACCCUCCCCAGCCCACCACCAUGCACGCACCCUCCCCAGCCCACCACCAUGCACGCACCCUCCCCAAACCACCACCACGCACGCACCCUCCCCAGCCCACCACGCACCCUCCCCAGCCCACCACCACGCACCCUCCCCAGCCCACCACCACACACCCUCCACAGCCCACCACGCACCCUCCCCAGCCCACCACCACGCACCCUCCCCAGCCCACCACGCACCCUCCCCAGCCCACCACCGCGCACCCUCCCCAGCCCACCACCACGCAAACUCCCCAGCCCACCACGCACCCUCCCCAGCCCACCACCACGCACCCUCCCCAGCCCACCAUGCACCCUCCCCAGCCCACCACCACGCACCCUCCCCAGCCCACCACGCACCCACCCCAGCCCACCAACACGCACUCUCCCCAGCCCACCACGCACCCUCCCCAGCCCACCACCACGCACCCUCCCCAGCCCACCACCACGCACCCUCCCCAGCCCAUCACCACGCAGCCUCCCCAGCCCACCACGCACCUUCCCCAGCCCACCACCACGCACGCACGCACCCUCCCCAGCCCAACACCACGCACCCUCCCCAGCCCACCACGCACCCUCCCCAGCCCACCACCACGCACCCUCCCCAGCCCACCACCACGCACCCUCCCCAGCCCACCACGCACCCUCCCCAGCCCACCACACACCCUCCCCAGCCCACCACCACGCACCCUCCCCAGCCCACCACCACGCACCCUCCCCAGCCCACCACCACGCACCCUCCCCAGCCCACCACCACGCACCCUCCCCAGCCCACCACCACGCACCCUCCCCAGCCCACCACGCACCCUCCCCAGCCCACCACGCACCCUCCCCAGCCCACCACCACGCACCUCCCCCAGCCCACCACGCACCCUCCCCAGCCCACCACCACGCACCCUCCCCAGCCCACCACGCACCCUCCCCAGCCCAUCACGCACCCUCCCCAGCCCACCACGCACCCUCCCCAGCCCACCACGCACCCUCCCCAGCCCACCACGCACCCUCCCCAGCCCACCACCACGCACCCUCCCCAGCCCACCACAGUUGCUCCCCAUUCUAAUUAAAAGCCCUUCUUAA